GCCUGUUCGAGAAAGCCACACCAGGAAAAGUUCCAGCUCCUACGACGUUUCAAACAGUCCGCCCCACCACAGGGGAGCACUGCUGGAGGAAGUCAGGAGUCAGGCCUCUGAUGACAGCUCACUUGGGAAGAUUUCAAAUAUUCUCCUGAUCCCACGGCCUCACCUUCACCAGUACGAAGUUAGCAGCUCUCUGGGGUACACCAGCACCAGGGAUAUCCUGGAGCGAAUGAUCGACUCCCAGCAGAGAGAUUCCAGUGCCCCCGGCCGCUUUCACGUUGGCAGUGCCGAGUCCAUGCUCCAUAUUCGACCAGGCGGAUACACCCCUCAGCGGGCACUCAUUAAUCCGUUUGCCCCUUCCCGGAUGCCGAUGAAGCUGACAUCAAAUAGGAGGAGGUGGAUGCACACGUUCCCAGUGG